AUGGUUCAGGAGAUGGACAUCUCACCCUCGUCACCGCCCCGUGGUACGAAGCGAAAAGGCGAUGAUAGCCUCCUGCUUCCUGCACCACGCCGAAUCAAAGCGCUUGCGCAAGAUGUUGUGAACAAAAUCGCCGCUGGGGAAAUCAUUGUCGCACCAGUGCACGCACUGAAAGAGUUGAUCGAGAAUGCUGUCGAUGCAGGAUCGACCGCGUUGGAAGUGGUGGUCAAAGAUGGUGGUCUGAAGCUACUCCAGAUCACGGAUAACGGUCAUGGCAUCGACGUGAGCAUCACCAUAAAAUGUUCUUCGCAACCUGCUGACAAGGCCCAGAAAGAAGACUUGCCAAUUCUUUGCGAGCGUUUCACGACGUCAAAGCUAAAAGCUUUUGAAGAUCUGACCUCUAUCGGUACUUAUGGCUUCCGUGGUGAGGCGCUGGCAAGUAUCAGUCACAUCGCCCAUCUCAGGGUCACUACGCGAACGAAAGAGUCGAGCUGUGCAUGGGAAGCGCACUAUGCGGGCGGCAAACUGGCGAGCCCCAAGCCCGGCCAGACUGCAGAGCCAAAACCAAAAGCUGGUCGACAGGGAACUCAAAUCACUGUGGAGGACCUAUUCUACAACGUGCCUUCACGACGUCGGGCCUUUCGAUCCGCGAGUGAGGAAUACGCCAAGAUCCUCGAGCUCGUUGGAAAGUAUGCCGUACAUUGCCUGGGCGUAUCCUUCUCGUGCAAGAAGGCCGGUGACAACUCUGGAAGUAGUGUCUCCGUGCCUGCAUCUGCGACUGUCAAAGACCGUAUCCGGCAGAUACACGGUGGCGCGGUAGCAAACGAGCUUGUGGAGCUCAAGUCUGAAGACGAUCGAUGGGGCUUCAAGUGCGAAGGAUGGAUCAGCAGUGCAAACUACAGCGCGAAACGCACAUCCAUGCUGCUCUUCAUAAACCAUCGCGCCGUCGAUUCUGCGAUAAUUAAGAAGAGCGUCGAGCAGACGUAUGCAGCCUUCUUACCCAAGGGCAACCAUCCAUUCUUCUAUUUGAGCCUGGAGAUCGAGCCAGCACGAGUAGAUGUGAAUGUCCAUCCUACCAAGCGCGAGGUCCACUUCCUGAAUGAAGAUGAGAUCGUUGCAAUGAUUUGCGAUGAGAUUCGAAGCAGCUUGAGCAAGGUCGAUACGAGCAGAUCGUUCAUGACACAAUCACUGCUCUCAAACCCCAAGGUCCCCUUUGCCACGCCUAUGAAGCAAAUACCUCUCGCCACGACUACACCUGCCACAGACGAUGUGUCUGAUCGCAGUGCAUCAAGAGCUCCCAAGACUGCCACAAGAAGGGAGAACAAUCUGGUUCGGACCGAUGCGUCUGCACGCAAGAUCACGUCAAUGCUACAGCCACAGCGCUCCGUGGAGGAAGCUGCAAAUGAAGACGAGGAGAUAGAGUAUGAGUUUACGGAGAAAGAGCCUAUGGCAUGUCGACUCACAUCCGUGAAAGAGCUUCGUGCCGAGGUUCGAGAUGCCAUGCACAACGAGCUGACAGACAUCUUUUCAACGCAUACCUUCGUUGGUAUUGUUGAUGAGCAGAAGAGAAUAGCAGCCAUACAAGGUGGUGUCAAACUCUUUCUUGUCGAUUAUGGCAUGCUUUGUAACGAGUACUUCUACCAAGUCGGCCUCACAGACUUUGCAAACUACGGAACAAUUCGCUUCAACCCUCCAUUGCCGCUGGAAGACCUCCUCAAAGUGGGAGCAGAGCAGGAGCGCAAGAAUGCUGGCGAUGAAGCUGACGAACUGGAUUGGGACGAAGUCGUAGAAACCGUCAAAGAGACACUCAUUGGCAAAGCCGCCCUACUUCAAGAAUACUUCUCUAUGGAGAUUACACCUGAAGGAGAAUUGUGCUCAAUCCCGCUGCUGCUGAAGGGUUACACACCUUCUAUGGCGAAGCUGCCUCAGUUCUUAUUACGCCUCGGACCCCAUGUCAACUGGAACGAAGAGAAGGGGUGUUUCCAGACCUUGUUGCGCGAGCUUGCAUCGUUCUACGUGCCAGAAAGUUUACCGCUUCCACCAACUGCGACCCCGGAUGCUAACGGAAAGGGUAAAGGAAGGGUAGCAGAAGAGGAUGAUGCAGAGAUCGCUGCAAGGAGAGCUAAAGUGAGGAAAGCAGUCGAGCAUGUCAUCUUUCCGGCUUGUAAAGCAAGGCUUGCGGCGACGAAAGGUCUCCUCAAAGGAGUGAUGGAAAUUGCGAACCUCAAGGGAUUGUACAGGGUCUUUGAGCGAUGCUAG